AUGCUCCACCGCAAGUACUAUCGGGAAUAUGGUCUCGCCAUUCAAGGUCUCACCCGUCACCAUAAGAUCGACCCGCUGCAGUUCAACCGCGAGGUCGAUGACGCCUUGCCGUUGGAUGACAUCCUGAAGCCCGAUCCGAAAUUGCGGAAACUGCUUGAGGAUAUCGACCGCACCAAGGUAAAGCUAUGGCUCCUUACCAACGCCUACGUCACCCACGCGAAGCGUGUGGUGAGGCUCUUGGGGGUAGACGACCUCUUCGAAGGAAUAACCUAUUGCGAUUAUUCACAGCCCCAGCUGGUCUGCAUGCACAGGCCCGGGGAUGGACGACGGUCCACCUGGUCGAGCCUCAGUUAA